GCAUUGACAAGUGAGUCCGCGCAAUCAAAUCCUCGCCAGACUCAUUUCCCUUCUUUAUCUUCCACCUUUUGGGACGACGAAACGGCCUUUACACGAACCGAACGAUACCCCCCUUGCGAACCACCUCGUGAUCAACACGUACACCGCUCAAGCACUCACUUUCUUCCAACUACUGAGGGGUUUUCACUUUGUCUUCUCCCACCCCCACCCCUACCAACAGACAAAGAGGGACACAUCCGAACUAGGCCAAGAUGUCGUGGGCAGGCUUCAAGAAAAAUGUCAACCGGGCGACGACGCAGGUGAUGAUGAAGACGGGUCAUGUGGAGAAGACCAACGACCGCGACUACGAAGUUGAGGAGAGACGAUUCAGAACCAUGGAGACCGCCUCGUUACGGCUGCAGAAGGAGGCCAAGGGAUACCUGGACUCAUUGCGAGCCAUGACUGCGUCCCAGAUGCGCAUCGCCGAGACGAUAGACGCCUUUUACGGAGACGCCGGUGCCAAGGACGGCGUUAGCAGAAGCUACAAACAGGCCGUGGAGGACCUCGACGCCGAGACGAUCAAGGCGCUAGACGGCCCCUACCAGCAAACCGUCCUCGAACCAAUCUCCCGCUUCUGCGCCUACUUCCCCGACGUGAAUGAAUGCAUCAAGAAGCGCGGCCACAAGCUGCUAGACUACGACGCGCUGCGGGCCAAGGUCAAGAAGCUCGUCGAGAAGCCCGACAAGGACGUGACGAAGCUGCCGCGGGCCGAGAAGGAGAUGGAGAUGGCCAAGGCCGCGUACGAGCAGCUCAACGAGCAGCUGUCGACGGAGCUGCCGCAGCUCAUCGACCUCCGCGUGCCCUACCUCGACCCCACCUUCGAGGCUCUCGUCAAGAUUCAGCUGCGCUUCUGCGCCGAAGCCUACAGCCGCAUGGCUCAGGUGCAGCAGUACCUCGACGCCGACACGCGCGAGCAGUACGCCCAGGGCCAGCUGGACCAGCGCGUCGAGCAGGUGUUGCAGGAGAUCCGGGAGCUCAGCAUCAGCGGCACGGUAUGAGCUGGAGGGCGUUUUGGUUGGGUGGUAAUGGGACAGGGAAAUUGGUUUCUCUUUUAUUUUUCCAUGAGUCUGGUUUACCAAGGUGGAAGACAGACGGGCUUCCCCCCCGGGAGGGUUGUAAUAAGGGGGGGAAACGGCCUCAUCUAGACCUGCGAGUCGCGACGGUAGGCUUUUUUCGGAGCAUGACGAAGCCCAAUGACGACUUUGCAACAUUGUAUGAAAAAAACAAAAUGACUUGUU